UUACAUUUACAUAAAGUUGUAUAAAUAGGACCGAUGAAUCUAAGCAAAAAUCAUUACAAGCACAUACCUUGAGAGGUCGAUUAAUUAAUUAAUAACAUGGAACCUCAAAACUACUUACUGGGUAUUGCAAUUUUGGUGUUCACAGUGUUGCAUUUUCUUGCAAAAUAUGUCAAACCAAGAUCCAUUAACCUUCCCCCUGGUCCAUGGAAAUUACCCAUCAUCGGUAACAUCCAUCAAGUUGCACUAGCAGGACCACUACCACACCGUUCUUUCAGAGAACUUGCAAAGAAAUAUGGACCUAUCAUGCACCUAAAACUCGGUGAGAACUCCACAGUGGUUGUAUCUUCCGCUAAGCUAGCCCAGGAGGUACUCAAAAACCAUGAUGCCUGUUUUCAAAAGAGGCCUUGUAUUGCUGCUGUUCCAACCCUUACAUAUGGCCCUACAAAUAUUGCAUUCUCUCCCGUCGGCCAGUACUGGAGAGACAUGCGCAAGAUAUGUACUCUGGAGCUUUUGAGUGUGAAAAAGGUUCAGUCUCUGGCUUCUGUAAGAGAAGCCGAGACUGAAAAUCUCGUUCAGAAGAUCCGUGAAUCCGCGGGUUCACGGAUCAAUCUCACUGACAUGAUUUUCUCCUUGACAAGUGCUUCUGUUUACAGGGCGGCAUUUGGUAACUGCAACAAGGAUCUUGAUGAGUUUGUACUUCUGAUCAAACAAGUGGUGGAAAUUUUUGGAGGGUUUCAUUGGGCGGAUUUGUUUCCAUCCAUCAAACCUCUGUAUUAUUUGAGUGGGUUGAAGUCCAAGGCGGAGAAGCUGUACAAGAAAUUUGAUAGGAUCUUCGAGGAUAUCGUAAUGGAACAUCAAAAGAAGCAAAGAGAAGGUAGGAUUAAUGUAGAGGAGGAAGACCUUGUUGAUGUUCUAUUGAGAGUGCAGCAAAGUAGCAAUCUCCAGACCAAGCUAACAAUCUCAAACAUCAAAGCUGUUGUUGGGGACAUGUUUGUUGCUGGAACGGAUACCACAGCAUCAACAAUAGAAUGGGCCAUGGCAGAAAUGAUAAAGAACCCAAGAGUGAUGGCAAAGGCACAAGCUGAAUUAAGAGAAGCACUUAGAGGAAAGAAAACAAUUCAUGAAACUGAUAUUGAAGAUCUAUGUUACUUAAAGCUAGUGGUCAAAGAGACACUAAGGUUACACUCACCAUCUCCAUUGUUAAUACCCAGAGAAUGCACCGAAGCAACCAACAUUCAUGGCUAUGCUAUACCAAUCAAAACAAGAGUGAUGGUUAAUGUGUGGGCAAUUGCAAGAGAUUCCCAAUACUGGCAUGAUUCUGAGAGUUUUAUACCUGAGAGGUUUGAAGAUGGUUCUUUGGACUUCAAAGGAAAUAACUUUGAGUAUUUACCAUUUGGGGCAGGAAGAAGAAUAUGUCCUGGCAUGACUUUUGGUGUUGCCAGCGUUACACUUCCUUUGGCUCUCUUACUUUACCAUUUCAAUUGGAAACUCCCCAGUGGGAUGAAGCCUGAAAAUGUAGACAUGACUGAACUCGCUGGCUUGGCAAUUGGAAGAAAACAUGCCUUGUGGUUGAUUCCCACUGUUUAUGAUCCAUAACUCUAUCAUAAUGUUCUCAUCAAGUAUUCUGUUCAAGUUACCAACAUUUAUAUAAAGGAAACAUAUAGGUAAAUAACUCCUAAUCGUAAAUAAUUGUAUUUAAUAAUUAUUGAUUUUAUAUUUAAAAAAAUAAAAUUUGAAUAAUUAUUAAAGGAAAGUAUGAGGAGCCAAUAAAAUAUUCGUAUAAUGUGCACAAUUGAAGUUUAUGGAGUAUUAGAGAUAUAAUCAUUAGUGUUACUACUUUUUCUCAUUAGCUGAAACUUUUGGGAUGAGUGGUAUCAUGACAUGGUAUUAGAGCGUCAGAUCCGAAAGGUCAAGAGUUCGAUCUUUGGUUAACUCCAAAAUCAGUUGAGGAAUGUUCAUUUUGUAACUCAAUAGUCCAUUGUCUCCCUAAUUAGUAAUAAA